UCUUAUAGCGUCGUCUCACGAUAUCGAAAAUGAUACACCUGGAAAAUCUGAUGUACAAGAUAUUGAAAAUGAUACACCCGCAAAAUCUGAUGUACAAGAUACUGUCAUGGGUAUGUGAUGUCCAAUAUGGCCCUAUGCCAUUUUUUAAUUAAUACAGUUGUAAAAAUUAUUUUUUGAACUUCAGACGAAUCGGAUGAUGAAGAUUCAGAAAAGGAGAGAUUGGAACGAGAGAGAGAAAAGAAGAUUAAGGAGAUGGAUAAUGUCAUCAUGAACAUCGAUCGAGACACACUAUCAGAUAUAUACAAAAAUCAAUGCAUUGGACAACAUUUGUCAAAAAUAAUGAACGGAGAAAGAGAAAACUGGCGACACAAAGUCUUUUUCAACAUAAAGAGAGAAGAAUCGGAAAUUGGACGGACACAUCUAAGUCAAUAUUUUGAUUGCGGGGCACUCAACGACGAUCAAAUUGAAACGUUGUGCCAUCUUACAGCGAACGAUGUCAACAUUCCUCAAUGUUCUCUUGAUUAUCGUACGAAGGUUUUCCUGCCAGAAUGCUUUGUUCAAGUAUACAUAAAUGUGUUUGGGUGUGGUCGACAAGAGUCAGAGGUGUAUUUGGAUGAAGGAGGGAUAACUGAUUACGUUAAGGUUUUUAAGUUGAAAGCGAAAAGCGUCGAAGCAAAGAAAAAUAUGGAAAAUUUCUCCUUGCAUAAAGAUGGACAAGAGGUGGAUAGUAGGAAAAUACAUAGUAACUGCUCCAUGCAAAUCGGAAAAGUUGCUCACAAAUACUAUGAUUCACGCAAAUUUAUACCCGUUUUUCGUUGUUUAAUGUUUUUUUAGUUCUUACUGUGGCAGACAAAAAGCUACCAACGCAAUCAAGAAAACGUGGCAAACCAAGUGGUGACUCAACGUGAACGAUUGGACUUCCCAAAUUCAAAAAGUCUGCUGGUCCAAUUCCUUUCGUUCGAAUGCACCUGAAAGAAAAGGAAAGAGAGAUGCUGUCGUGGUUCACUUCGCAAAAGAAUGCUGACCUGGCUAUCCAAGAAGAAUGCCUGAUUAGCCAUGCCAUGGUACAAGAGAAAGAAGUUCAGCAUCCUGGAAUCGGUGAUGAUUUUAAUUUCAAUCUCAUCAAAAGGUACUUCUCGCCAUCGGGAUGGAAAGCUGCGACUUGCGUAAUCAACACUUUUUCAAAAAACAAAUCAUCGCCCUAUUCUUGCAACGGCUGUUUCAAGACGUUUGAUGUUAAAGAAGAAACAUCAAUACAGUGUGACAGAUGUCUGCAUUGGUACCAUUUAUCGUGUGU